AUGGCGUCCACGGAGACGCCACCUCCGUCACUCCGGCAGGGAGUCAGAAUAGUCCCGCCGGGGGACAACGUUAAGGUGGAGGAAGUCCUGCUGGCUGUUGGAGAACAGGUGGGACAUGAUAAUGUAGUUUAUGCCUCCAGAAUGAGCAAAGCGGUGGUGGUAUUUCUCAAGGAGGAACCACAGGUGCACCAGCUGAUUGCCAGUGGAGUGUUUAUUAGGGACGGCUUCGUGCAGGUGAACCCGCUGUCGGUUCCCGCAACUCGGAUCACGGUAUCCGGAGUUCCGCCUUUUAUUUCAAAUGAGAUCUUAAGAUCCGAGCUCAGCAGAUUCGGUAAAUUUUCUAGCGGGUUCAGAACGUUAAAUCUCGGCUGCAAGGAUCCCAAAUUGAGACAUGUACAGUCCCUGAGACGGCAGGCGUUUAUGUUCCUGUCAUCCACCACGAACUCUCUGGAGGUCUCCUUCAGAGUGAAGCACGGGGACGGGUUCUACAUGGUGUACGCCAGCUCCGGGAGCUUUAAGUGCUUUGAUUGCGGGGAUGUGGGGCACAAGCGCUCCUCCUGUCCGCACCAUCGGCGGGCCGGUGAAGCGGCAGGUGGCAGUGGCAGCGGCCCGGAGGCGGCUGCCGCUGCCACUGCUGAGGAGGCGGCGGAUGCGGCGGCUGUCGCUGCCGUUGCCGCUGCCAAAGGGGCGGCAGGUGCGCACAGCACCGAAGCAGCGGCUGCACCUGGCGGCUCGGGGGCCGCGGCGGCACCGAGCACCGAACCGGAAACUGAGCCGAGCGGCUCGGGGACCGGGGCGGCGGCCGGCGCUGAACCGGAAACAGCGCCCGGCGCCGCAGCGGAGGACGCUCCUCGCGCUGGAGUGUCAAAGCCCACUCGCGGCAGAGCCUUAAGUGGCGGUGAUGCAGUGAGUGGGGGGGACGGUUCACAGCCUGAAGCAGAGAAGUCAGAGGGGCAGAGUCUGUCCAAGAAAUUGCGUGUGUCUGAGGACCUAGAGAAAUCCUCCCAGUCUGCAGCUGCAGAAAUGCCACAUGUUGAGGAGGCAGGUCCCUCAGGUGCCACAGAGCACUGUGUGAACAACGAUGAGGGACAGAGUCUGCCAGCCAGUCAGGCCCCAGGUGAAGAGAUGGAGGAGGAGUCAGACCUAGAGAGUCGAGCAGUAAUCUCCCUGCUGCCAAAGAAAGGAGAUUUGGCCUUACUUAAAAACUGGAGGCCCGUUGCUCUCCUGUGCACAGACUACAAGCUGUCCUAUAGGGGAAGAGCUUUGGUUGCCGGCAGUCUGGUUGCCUCGACUCUCUGGCACAGGCUUACGGCUCUGACGCCACCGAGAGGACUAAUUGAGGAACUACAAAGAGCCAUACUGGAUUUCUUCUGGUCUGGCAAACACUGGGUUCGGGCAGCAGUCCUCUAUCUGCCGGUGGUGGAAGGAGGACAGGGACUGGUGGACAUCAAGUCCAAAAUUGCCGCUUUUCGCCUUCGGGCAGCUCAAAGACUACUGUACAACUGUGGGCCGAGGUGGGUUGAUGCGGCUAGUCUGCUGCUGAGGAGAGCUGGAAGAUUGGGCUACGACAAACAUCUCUUCCUUUUAAGAACGGAGGACAUGGAUCUCACCGGGCUGACCCCGUUCUACAAAUCAAUGUUAGAUGCAUGGCAGAUUUUUCAUGUCAGUAGAGAAAACAAUGAAACACCUGGUUUGUGGCUGUUUGAGGAACCGCUGUUCUUCAAUGACUUUAUGAGGUCGGAAACACUGCAGUCUGCCAGCCUCAGAGACAACCUGAGACGAGCUGGAUGCACCAAACUGGGCCAUCUGAUAAAGAUGACAGCAACAUCGGUGGAUACCCUGAGAGCGAACAGCAAUAUCAACUCUACCAGACUGAUAAACAAAGUGUUGGAGGAGGUCUGUGCCGCCCUGCCACAAACCAUGAGAGUCUUUGCAAGCAACAAUACUCUGUGUGACCAGUGGAGUGAUGACUCGGAAUACAGUUUCCCCUCCUUAUUCAUCAGCCCAGCUGUUGGGGAGUGGCAGGAGAGGCGUGGUCAGUUGUUGUCCUUCCCAACUCCUCACCUAGACAGCUUUCAGACUGUGGGAAAAAAGUCUGUCUACCAGACCUGUGUAAAGGUUCGUAAUUUGCACUCUCUGGAAGAGAUGAGAGAGUCGAGGUGGACUGGGCUAGUGGAGCCAGAGGCUUCUCCGAAAGGCAGCUGGCGGGCCUUGUACAAGCUGCCCAUUGAAAAACGGACAGCAGACCUCCAGUGGAGGUUAGUGCACGGGGCGAUAGCUACAAACAGAUACAGAGCGCACCUUGAUCCGGAGCUGGGGGAGGGGUCGCCCCCCACAGUGCGGAUCGUGCACUCAGGUCAGGCCUGUAACGUGGAGGAGGAGCGCUACAGCGAGAGAGUCUUCACCAUCAGAGAGGGAAAGACUCUGGAGCUGCAGUGUCUGGUGACAGGACACCCCCGACCCCAGAUUCGCUGGACUAAGACUGCGGGCGGAGCCUCUGAGCGCCAGGGCGACGCCUCCUUGCACAACGAGACGCUGAGGAUAGAAACCAUCAGCCGCCACCAGGGGGGGCGCUACUACUGCAAAGCUGAGAACGGACUGGGGUCACCGGCCAUCCGCUCGGUGCGGGUGGACGUCUACUACCUGGACGACCCGGUGAUCUCGGUGCAUCAGAGUGUGGGCGAGGCCAAGGAGCAGUUCUACUUCGAGCGGACGGUGUUCCUCCGCUGCGUCGCCGACUCCAACCCCCCCGUGCACUACACCUGGAGGCGGGGCCGCAGCGUGCUGACCCAGGGGUCCGACUCGGGGGUGGAGAUCUACGAGCCCUUCUUCACACAGGUGGAGAAACACUCUGUUCAAGGUGAGACAAAGAUCUUGAAGUUGAAGAAUCUUCGUCCUCAGGAUUACGCCGACUACACCUGCAUCUCCUCCAUCAGGAGCGUUUGUGACAUUGGAGACAAGAGCGCCCUCUUCAGUCUGAACAACAGAACAGCUCCUCCCUCCAUCAAACUGCUCCUGGACGACCCCCUGGUGGUGAACCCGGGGGAGACCAUCACUCUGGUGUGCAUGGCUUCAGGGGGAGACCCUCCCCCCACCUUAACCUGGGUGAAGCCCGGAGGGGAGGAGCUCCCGAAGAGGGGCGUGGUCAAUGGUGGAACCCUGACCAUCCCGGCCAUUACUGUUGAUGACGGCGGCGCCUACAGCUGCGUGGCGUCCAACAACGUGGGAAGUCCCGCCAAGAAAUCCACCACCAUCCUGGUCAGAGGACUUCGUAAAGGUCGGUUCUGGAUCACGCCCGACCCGUACCACAACGACGACAACAUCCAGAUCGGCCGGGAGGUGAAGAUCAGCUGCCAGGUGGAGGCCACGCCCCCGGAGGAGCUGCAGUUCGGCUGGCUGAAGAACGGGCGGGCGCUGAGGAGCUCGGAGCGGAUGGUCAUCACGCACACGGACUCCGACCUGUCGCUGGGGACCAGCAACCUGGACAUCAUCGACCUCAAGUUCACCGACUUCGGGACCUACACCUGCGUGGCGUCGCUGAGGAGCGGAGGAACGCCGGAGAUCAGCAUCGACGUGAACAUCUCCUCCACCACCGUUCCCCCGGAGCUGACCGUCCCCAGGGGGCGCUCUAACCUGGUCGCACAGGAGGGCGACACCGUGGACCUGCAGUGUCUGGUCUCAGGGAAACCCAAACCCAUCAUCCUGUGGUCGCGCCUGGAGGAGGGCGGGGGGGCGGGCCUGAUGCCGGACGGCUCGGCUCAGAGCGAGAGCGGCGACGGCGUCCUGAGGAUCGUCAACGUGACGCGAGCGCUGAGCGGCGCCUGGCGCUGCCGCACGAGUCAGUGGAACGGGUUCAACGUGAAGCCCCGGGAGGCCGUGAUCCAGCUGGUGGUGCAGUUCCCCCCGGUGGUGGAGCCGGUGCACUCGGAGGUCCGGCAGGCUCUGGGCCGGGCCUUCAGCCUGGACUGCCGGCUGCUGCGAGCCCACCCGGCCCGGCUGCUGCGCUACGAGUGGAAGCUGGGCGCCCGGCUGCUGACCGUGGGACAGCUCAGUGACCACGGCUUGGACACCAGCUACCACGUCCGCGCCCUCAACCGCGAGGGCUACGGCGAGUACACCUGUGACAUCACCAACGAGGCCGGGGCGGGCCGCUGCACCUUCCUGGUCACAGGGAAGGCCUAUGUCCCCGAGUUCUACUACGACACCUUCGGCGCUCUGUGGCAGAACCAGGCUCAGGUCUACGGCUUCAAGCUGCAGUGGACUCAGAUGGAGCCCAACGCCGUGGACCGGAUCCUGGCCUACAGGCUGGGCCUCAGACAGAUGGGUCAGUCCCGCUGGUGGGAGCAGGAGAUUCCCAUGGAGGGAACCAUCCAGCAGGGGGAGCUCUUGACCUACAACCUGACCAAACUGGUCAAACCGGAGUCCUUCCUGGUCCGCCUCACGCCCAUCACCCGCUACGGAGAGGGAGACGCCACCGAGCGCAUCAUCACAUACAGUGCUCCUGUGAAUCCACAUCUCAGGGAGUUCCAGUGUGGCUUCGAGGACGAGGCGUUGUGUUUGUUCUCUCAGGACAAAACCGAUGAGUUUGAUUGGACGCGUCACAGCGCCGCCUCACGAGACACCAAGUACACCCCCAACACCGGGCCGAGCGCCGACCACAGCGGCUCCAAGAAGGGAUUCUACAUGUACAUCGAGACGUCGAGGCCGAGGCUGGACGGAGACAAAGCUCGGCUGCUGUCUCCGACCUUCAACACCAACUCCAAGAGCUCCGCCUCCUCCUCCUCCUCCGCCGCCAGCAGCACCCCCGCCUACUGCUUGGCCUUCUUCUACCACAUGUUCGGGAAGCACAUAGGAGCUCUGAACGUCUUCCUGAGACAGAAAGGACAGACGGAGACGGACGCCUGCGUCUGGACGCUGAGCGGUAACCAAGGAGACCGCUGGGGACAAGCCAAGGUCAACCUGCACCCGACCACAGCCUUCCAGGUCCUGAUGGAGGGCGUGCGAGGCGCCGGCAUCGAGGGAGACAUCGCCAUCGAUGAUGUCACCAUCCAGGAGGGCGAGUGUAAAGACCCCCCCCCCAACAAUCUGAGGUCGCUGGCCCCGCCCCCUUCGCCCCAUAUAUGGCAGCUGUGCAGCACCCUGAGUCUGGUUCUGAUUGGCCAGCAGAGGUGA